AUGGAUGGUACCGCCGAGAAGCAAAGAGAUUCGCUGGCGUCGAGGUACAAGGCCUCGACCGACUAUGCUAAAGAUGCCGAGGGCUUGACGGCGCCAUACGUCAGCCAAGACCCCCAGGAGACGGCCGCCCUAGUGCGCGCCCUCGACGAUGCGGCCAAGAAGGGCAAGAAGAGCGGCGGCUUCAGCGUCAAGAAGACCCGGUACGCCGUUGCUAGCUCGCCGACUGGCGCCGAGGUCGAUUCAUGGCGCUUCAAUGACUGGGACUACAAGAAGCCCGAUUUGCCGACCUAUGCCCGGGGCCUGUUCACCACUCGCACUCAGCAUGGUGUCCCAGAAAUUGCCGUCCGUGGCUACGACAAGUUCUUCAAUAUCGACGAGACUCGCGACACUGCUUGGUCUGCCAUAAGGGAAAGGACCAAGGGUCCGUACGAGCUCACACUCAAGGAGAACGGCUGCAUCAUUUUCAUCAGUGGUCUCGAGGACGGUACGCUUCUCGUCUGCAGCAAACACUCUACUGGUGACAGGUCAGACGUUGCCCUCAGCCAUUCCAGCGCUGGUGAGAAGCAUCUCGAGGCUCAGCUAGAACGCAUCGGCAAGACGAAGGAGGAACUGGCUCGUGAGCUGAGGAAGCGAAAUGCUACCGCAGUGGCUGAACUCUGUGAUGACUCCUUCGAGGAACACAUUUUGGCCUAUGGCCCGGAUAAGGCUGGUCUGUACCUGCACGGCAUCAACCUCAAUAUUCCCGAGUUUAUCACAUACCCAUCGCCGCUUGUGCAAAAGUUUGCCGAGGAUUGGGGCUUCAGGAAGACUGGUCUAAUUAUCAUCGAUAACAUUGAUGAUGUGAAGGCUUUCCUUGAAGAGGUUGCUGAGACGGGUGCUCAUGACGGCCGUGAUGUCGAGGGCUUUGUCAUCCGCUGCAAGAAGUCAACGAAUCCGGGCGUUGGGCCAUACCACGAUUGGUUCUUCAAGUACAAGUUCGAGGAACCUUACCUGAUGUACCGGCAGUGGCGUGAAUGUACCAAGGCUCUCAUCUCCGGCAAGCAGCCCAAGAUCAAGAAGCAUGUCAAAAUCACGGAGGAGUACCUUCUUUAUGCUCGCAAGCGCCUCGCUGCCGACCCCAAGUUGGCCAAGCUGUAUAACCAGAACCACGGCAUUAUCAAACUGCGGAAUGACUUCCUGGAGUACAAGAAUAUGAAGGGCACCGAUGCCGCUAAUCUCGAAGACGACGGUGCGGCUAGCGUGACGCGUGACAUCAUUCUUGUACCCAUUGCUACGAUCGGCUGUGGCAAGACGACCCUUGGCGUCGCCCUAACCAAGCUGUUUGGAUGGGGGCACAUCCAAAAUGACAACAUUACUGGCAGCAAACGCCCUCCGCGGUUUACCAAGGCCGUUCUGGAUGAACUCAACGAGCACCCAGCCGUGUUUGCUGACAGGAAUAACUCUAUGAGGCAAGAGCGGAAGCAACUUCUGACCGACGUCAAGAUGCAGCACACAACUGCAAGGCUUGUUGCUCUCCAUUUCGUCCACGAUGACAUCAACACCGUCAGAAAGGUGACUCAAGAGCGUGUGAUCCAGCGGGGUGACAACCACCAGACGAUCCAAGCUGCUACAGACGUGAACAAGGUCAUUGGUAUCAUGGAAGGCUUUAUUCAUCGCUUCGAGCCUUGCGAUCCCGAGAAGGACCCAGACGAAGGGUUUGAUGCCGUGAUCGAUUUGGAUCCCACAGCUGGUAGCAGGGAAAAUCUGGAGGUUGUCAUCAGGGAGCUACAUCGCCUUUAUCCAAACUUCGUAAAGGAAGUGCCACCCGCCGAGGCCAUGGACGAAGCGAUCAAGUUUGCUAUGGAAAGCUACAAGCCAGAUCUCCGGCACAUUAUUCCUGAUCGUUCCAAGAACAAGGAUAAGAAGAAAGAAGGCAAGCAAGAACAGCAGCAGCAGCCUGCUGCUCAAAAGCCGCCUAAGAAAAAGCCUUUGGAGUAUAUGUCUGUCGACAUGCCCACUAAAGGUGUCCUGGAUGCCCUCGAGAAGACUUUCGGAUCGGUACCCGUCGAACAGGCCCGCUUUUUCAAGCAACUCCAGGGCACGCGGCGUGUUCAGGCCAAGUUCCAUGUCACUCUCAUGCAUCGUGCUACAGCCAAGGAACACCCCGAACUUUGGCAGCGUUACACUAAGCUGCACGGAGAGGCAACUGCAGAGAAUCCGGAUGCUCAGCUUGGGGAGCUUGACGUUCAACUCGAGCGAGUGGUUUGGGAUUCGCGCAUCAUGGCCAUAGUCGUGCGUUUGAUCCCUGUCAAUCCCGAGGACGCUGAGGUGAAGGACCCAGCAAAGCCCGACCAACCUGGCCAGCCCAAGUGGCAGUGUGUCAACCGCGUUGCUCAUAUCACUGUCGGCACACGUGAUGAUAGUGUGAAGCCCAAGGAGAGCAACGACUUGCUGUGCCGCUGGCUUGAAGUGGGCAGUGGCGGUGAGACAGGCAUCGGAGAGCUGAUCAUGCAGGGCAAGCCGAUCCUCAGGGGCAUCGUCAAGGGUGUGUUGUCAAGGUAG